AUGCAUCCGUUAAACUCAUACUCAUCACCUAGUCAAAGCCAUCGUCAUCAACAAGAAGUAUACAUACCCCAACAAGAAUCAAUCAAAAUCCGACAACCAGUACCAUCCUAUAGUCGAUGGCGAAAUCACAGAAUACUGAAUAGAACCUAUUCGGCGGGAAGUGUACAACAGAUACCCAAUCGAGACGAAACGCAAUCGCAAUCGCAACUAGAGACGAAACAAGAAGUCAAGCACGUUAUGGAUGAAAAAGUCAAGGUAAAAAGAGGAAGUGCUGCAGAUAACCAUUCUGCAAGCAAUUCAGAGUCUUCUAAAAAUAGGAAACAUCUCAAAGCUGUACCGAAAAGGAAGACUAAAGAUAGAAGUCCGCGCGAAAAUUCCUUCUUGACGAAAACAUCUAAUUUCCAGAAAGUAUCUGCUAAACGUAAUUCCACGGUCUCAGCAGAGCCAAAAACAAGAUUGAAUUUGAAAGCAGCAAAUCAAGACCAAGAUAGAAAGAGAGAUCAGAUACCCCAUCCGCUUCAAUCUCAUCCUUACUCCCCAAUACCAAAUAUCGAGAUCUCCGAAUCUCACACCAAGGAAAAAUCUCUACCUUCACCACCCAUCGAGCAUCCUGCGAUCCCCGAACUUGAGGGCUCAGAACAGAAGUUCUUAUGA